AGAGCAAGAUAAUCUACAUCUUAUCUAUCUAUCUCUAUCUUCCUUCUGAUCUACUCUAUACCUAUCCUCAACUUCUAUCUAUCUAUCUAUAUCCUCCCUCAGUCACCAUGUCAGCUCCUCAAUACUACAACUACCCCGGCGCCGAGUCAGACCCAAAGAGCUUCCACUACAGCCAAACAGUCAAAAUCGGCAACACAAUCAAGACCUGCGGACAAGGCGGAUGGGACAAGGACGGCAACAUCUCCGGCUACCUCUCGCAACAAAUCGCCCAGGCCUUCGACAACGUCGAGAAGGCGCUCAAGAACGUCGACGAGCGGCUCUCCUGGGAUAACGUCUACGCGGUGCGCAGCUACCACGUCGACAUCGACCAUGCCUUCCACCUGGUCACGGAGCAGUUCAAGCAGCGCAUGAACCACCGGCCGAUCUGGACGUGUAUGCAGAUUGGCAAGCUGGCGCUGGAUGGGAUGCAGGUCGAGAUUGAGGUUGAGGCGCAUUAUCCUUUUUAAAUAGUUUGAUUGCUGGGGACUUCCUUCUCUCUAGCUAGUGAUACCAAUAAAACUCUUGUGGUGGUGGUGAUGAUGAUGACGUAAUUAGUACUGCACUUUCUAACUGUUCGCACCGAGUUCACAGAUUUCUCAGAUUUCUCGCAGUUUUCUCACUCAGGCUCCAAUCCAAUUCUGAAUUCUCAGAACAAUACAGAGUCGAGAGUACAGACUCAGACUCAGUAAGUUGAUGCGGGGUCUAACCGAUGCGCGAUUUUUGGUGUGGGGAACUGCGCCAUUUUCUUAUU